AUGGGUACUCCAUCCUCAUUGCCCACAAACCCUAACCCCAGCCCCAGUCCGCCACUCCCUCAGUCACCACCACCACAAACGCCGCCAUUACCACAAUCACCACCACCUCAGUCACCGCCACUACCCCCAAGCCAAAUACUACCUCUCAUUCCGCCGACUCCCCUCUCGCCGCAAUCCGAGCCGCAAAAUGAAACACAAAUUCUCGACACCCAUUCCCCAGAACCUGUGCCUACUCAAACAAAAACAAAAGGCAAAACAAAAAGGGCCGCAGGUAGACCCAAGGAAACCCCUGUCGGAAAACGGAAACGAGUACCCUCUGUUCCUUUCAACCUAAACUCUCCACCUCGGCCGUCCUCUGAACCAGUCAGCAAAAGAACCAGGUCUUCCUCGCAAACCCCAGCACCAGCGGUCCAAACACCAGUAACUCAGUCUCCCUUACACUCUCCAGCACCUGCAUCAUCUGCAGAUAAUAUCGAGGAGGAUUCAGGGUAUAAAAACAUUGAGUGGCAGCAAACUGUUUAUGACCCUGUUGAAUUCUGGAAGGAUAUUGCACCUUUUGGGGGUUAUUAUAGUUAG